UGAGAGUGCAAGUUGUGUUUUCUUCGUGUUCCGUGCUCCAGCUCUACUAACUGCUGUUGGCCAUGGGUUCCGGCGGCCGAAUGGACUGCUGCGGGCAGUGCGUGAAGUACAGCAUGUUCGUCGCGAACUUUGUUAUUUUUAUCGGCGGUGCGAUCGUGUUCGGUCUCGGCGUCUGGACGCUGGUCGAUAAGAACUUCAUCAACGAGCUGCUCGGCACGAAUCUGUUCUCCGGUGCGGUGUACGUGCUGAUCGCCACAUCCGCCCUGGUGUGUCUGCUGUCGUUCUUUGGCUGCAUGGGAGCGGCCAAGGAGUACAAGUGUAUGCUGCUGACGUACUUUAUCCUGGUGUUUCUCAUCUUCGUGACGAUGCUGAUCGGUGGCAUCCUGGGGUACGUGUUCCGGGAGAAGGUCUCGCAGACGAUGGGCGACGAGAUGCGCUCCUCGAUGAGCCUGUACGGGAGCCGGCGGGCUAUCACGCAGGCCUGGGACACGACGCAGGAGCGGCUGAAGUGUUGCGGCGUGAAGAGCUACAGCGACUGGCGUGGCGAGAUUCCGCGUUCCUGCUGCCAGCGUACGCUCGACGGGUACAAACCGUGCAACGAGAACCCCAGCCCGGAGAACAUCUACAUCAACGGGUGCCUGGAGAUCACGUCCAGCUACAUCCGCGACAAUGCGGCCAUUAUCGGCGGGUCCGGGAUCGCGGUGGCCGUGCUGCUCGUGUUUGGCAUGAUCUUCUCCUGCUCACUGUUCCGCAUGAUUGAGUAGAGCGGGGCCUGAAAGCAGUCACGAAACGCACACAUUUUAGCAUACAUCACCUUGUUUGUUAAGCUUCCCAUUUCGUUCGUGUAGUAGUGCGUAGUAGUUGAUGUGCUUUUGCUGUCCGGCGCCCCGACGCCGACGCGCCCAACCGGAGCAAAGAUCUGUCGAAGAUCCGUCCACAACUCACCGUGUUCCGUGUCUCUCUCUGUUGUGAGCCUUACUUUUUAAGCGAUAGCAUUAUGUCUCGUCGUGGCACAAAAAGAGGAUCGCCACGAUCGCCGAUCGCCGGGUGUGCUCGCACGCUCUCUGCAGCACCACAUUUUAUAUCGAUAAGCGAGUGUUCAUCCUAUGUUUUAUCUCGUAUGGUUUAUGAUUUUAACACACGUCCGCCUGAAUCUGAAAUGAGAGGAGAUCACAAAUGAUCAGGCGGCGACGAGUUUGUGCUUAAUAUUAAUAAAUACGAACGCGAAGGCGUGCGCUAGCGUGCGUAGCGCUAAGAAACGAAA